AUGCAUCAUUAUCUUCCUGAAAUCGACUGUGAUAUUCCUUCCUUGGAUUUGCUGACUCUGGUGUUUGAGUCGCAGCAUUCAUGGGCUAGGGAAGACACAGUCAUCCACGCAGAGGCAGGAAAUGAGGCGAACAAACUCACCAAGCGUGAGGUUAGAAACCUAGUUCGCCGACUGGCUUUCGUCCUGAGAAAUGAGCUAGGCAUCGGCACAUCAGGCGCAGGCAAGGAUGUGGUCACAGCAGUUUGCUCGAACCAUAUUUUAACACCAGCUUUCUUCUAUGGUAUCAUUGGAAGUGGAGGAAUCUACUCUGCUGCAUCCACUGCCUUGACGGUGAUGGAGUUGUCCCGCCAGAUCCAGCAAAGCAAGAGCCGCUUGGUCAUUGCCACUGAAGACAUGGCUCCCAUUGCUAUUGAAGCGGCGCAGAUAGCUCAUGUUUCUCCGGAAAGGGUAUUGAUUCUUGGAUCAAUGCCCGAGCAGACCUUGAGUCCAGUUGUUGAUCGCAUGCGGAACUAUUUACAAGAAACGAGAGAGCUCGACUGGGAGAGAGUCACCGAUGACGAUGUUCUCACGACUCGAGUGGUGGCCCUCUUAUUUUCAAGCGGGACCACAGGCGUACCAAAAGGUGUCCGUCUCUCACACAAGAAUUUCGUCUCCGAGGCCCUGAUCACUCAGACCGCUAUUGGGACAUACCUUCAACGCACUGGGCGACAACUUCAUGUCGACUUCGAAUAUCGCACAAUCGCCCACCUGCCUUCCUGUCAUAUUUCGGGGCUCCAGGGCUAUAUCAUCAACGGCACCAUGACGGGGGGGACAGUAUUCUGGAUGUCCAAAUUUGUUUUCGAGGAUUUCGUACAGGCAGUGAGGAUGCAUCGGCCCACUUUCAUCUCCACAGUCCCGUCAAUUUACUUGCACAUUGCGAAGAGCCCCUCAGUUACAACCGAGUUCCACAGCCUCGAGCACGCUCAGGCAGGCGCUGCCCCCAUGGGUCCGGAGCUUCAAAAGCUGGCUGAGACAAAGCUCAAGUGCAAGCUCAGUCAAGCAUGGGGACUCACGGAAACAACAGGGGCGGUCACUUGGCUGCCUUGGGAUCGUGAGGAUAGCACUGCCAGCAUCAGCCAGCUUUUACCGAACACGCGGCUAAAGAUCGUUGACGAUGAAGAGAACACUGUUCCGGAUGGCCAGGCGGGUGAAAUUCUUGUGUGCGGCCCCAACGUCACUCUCGGAUAUUGGGAGAACCCUGAAGCCACGGCGGAAGCAUUCACUUCUGAUGGGUGGUUCCGAACUGGAGAUAUUGGUGCUCGCAAAGAUGGGAAAUUCUACAUCGUCGAUCGCAAAAAGGAGUUGAUCAAAUACAAGGGACUCCAAGUGGCUCCAGCAGAAAUCGAAGCGGUUCUCAUUGCUCAUGAUCAGAUCCGUGAUGCUGGAGUGAUUGGGAUACCUGAUCCUCGGAUUCCAGGUAAUGAGAUCCCGCGUGGGUUCGUGGUUCGCAAGCCAGGACACUACCUCAGCGAACAUGAGAUUAAGGAGCAUGUUCGGAAUCAGUUAGCUGGACACAAGCAACUGCGUGGCGGUGUCAGAUUCGUCGACCAGAUUCCCCGCAAUCUGUCAGGCAAGAUCCUCCGCCGUAAGUUGGCAGAGGCUGAAGAGCCAGGGCGGCCAAAACUGUAA